AUGGCACAUGUGUUUUCAACACAGGAGAUGUGUUAUGGCAUGGAGUGCAGCGGUUUCAUGAGAGAAUGUGGCGUCCGGCUAGCAAAUGCCGGGUAUGCAGUAUUCGGAAUCGAUUAUGAGGGCCACGGGCGUUCUCGGGGGGCCAGGUGUUACAUUAAGAAGUUCGAAAACAUUGUUAACGAUUGCUGUGACUUCUUCAAGUCGAUUUGUGCGGAGGAAGAGUACAGGGACAAGUGUAGAUUCUUGUAUGGAGAAUCCAUGGGAGGGGCAGUGGCCUUAUUGCUUCAUAAGAAGGAUCCCACAUUUUGGAAUGGUGCUGUUCUUGUUGCACCAAUGUGCAAGAUAUCGGAGAAAGUAAAGCCGCAUCCACUGGUUGUGAAUGUAUUGACCAGAGUGGAGGAGAUUAUACCAAAAUGGAAGAUUGUACCCACCAAAGACGUCAUUGAUUCUGCCUUCAAAGACCCUGCAAAGCGCGAAGUGAUAAGAAGCAAUAAACUUAUCUACCAAGACAAGCCGAGGCUGAAAACAGCUUUGGAAAUGCUCAGAACUAGCAUGAGCCUUGAAGACAGUUUACAUGAGGUGAAACUACCUUUCUUUGUUUUACAUGGGGAGGCAGAUACAGUUACAGACCCUGAAGUGAGCAAGUCUCUGUAUAAAAAAGCCAGCAGCCCAGACAAGACCAUAAAAUUGUACCCUGGAAUGUGGCAUGGCUUGACAUCAGGAGAGCCUGAUGGGAACGUCGAAAUCGUGUUUACAGACAUCAUACUUUGGCUGGAGAAGCACACUACCGAUAGCAAUGUUAUGGAUGUGCAGCCAAUCGAAACAUUUAAUGACGGCAUUGUGAAGCUGAACACCACAGCAUCAUCACCUGAAACCAUGCACAAACAUCAGCAAGGGCGCUAUUUUUGUGGGCUAAAGGGACGAAGAUUACAACAUCACUCGGCAAUGUAAUCCGGCAUGUUGGGAAUCAUAGCUACUGUUAAGCACUUGUGCAUAAUCACCUAUAAGCUACUCUCAAAUUCUCCUCCCAAAUGAUAGAUGGAAAUCAGUAUGAUCAGAAAU